CUUUUAUUUUGUUAUUGUCAAACAAACAGAACCACAGCACCAAUGUAAAUUUAUGUUUUUAUUAACACUAUUAACUGUUGAAGCCGCAACAAAAAGUGUAAUGAGUGCAACAUAUUGUGAAAUUAAAUAAAAUAGAUAUAAACGGGAUAAAAGAAUUAUAAAAAAAACGAAUGUCAAAGUGUUCCUACACCGCCGGAGAGAAAGUUGUCCAAUAAUUUAACACCGACAUACCUGUGCAGCUAAGGUUUUACGACUCUUAGCUGCUAUACAAUGUGCAUUUAGUGGAUUGUAGCUUUUCGAGACAGUGAAUUCUUUCCGGCUAUUAAAAGAAUUGCGACGUUGUGAGAUAUCAUAGAAAAGUCCUCUGCCACAUCUAUAUGCGAUUGUUGUGUUUGAAUUCGGCCCCUUAUUGCUAAAAGCGGUGGUAGGUUAAGGAUAAAGAAGACAACAUGUUAUACUGCCCGCCAAAUGUUACCCUCUCCCAAAUCUGGAUUAAUCAUGGCAUCUCACACUGCUUUAUGGACACGGUGGGAUCGGCCGUUUGUUGUGGCUUUCUGAUGAUUUUUGGCCUGAUGCAAUUGAUGAUGUACAUGAAGUAUGCAACGCGUAUUACAGAUCCCACAUUGAUACCCAAAUCACGUUUAUAUGGCUUUCAAUUGUUUCUGUUGGCAUUCUUUCCUGCACUGCAGCUGAUACGAUUUUUAUUGAAUGCCCGCAUUUAUGAAGGAAGUGCUGUCUAUGGCUAUAUGAUUUUGUCAACCUGUUUCAUAUGUGUGGCCUAUCCCAUGUCCAUAUAUCUGGUUAUCAAAGAAAGAUGGUAUCAAUUGCCCUCAUUACCCACACGAGGUCACGGCUUGGUGUUAUUGCUGUUUUGGACCCUGGCUUUUAUCAAUGAAUCUUUGGCCUUUAUAAAUCUAAGGCAUGAGGAUUGGUGGUUCAAUUUGAAAACUAACAAAGAUAAAAUUGAAAUGGGCCUUUUUGUCACCCGCUACAUAGCCUCACUGCUGAUAUUUGUCUUGGGCCUCAAGGCUCCUGGCACCCCACUACCCUUUAACAUGCAUCAACGCUUAGAUGAGGAAAAUCAAACUACGGAAAAUGGAAACCUCAAUACAGGCUCGGCUUUUAGAAACUUCUUCAAAAAGAUGCGUAAACUAUUGCCCUAUUUAUGGCCCAAAAAGGAUGCAUUGCUGCAGAUAGCUGUUAUGAUUUGUAUACUGCUAUUGGCUGCGGGACGUGUCAUUAAAUUGUAUUUGCCCAUAUAUCGCAAAAAAUUGGUGGACAGCUUAACCAUUGAUCCCAUAGUUUUCCGCUGGGAUUUUGUUUUGAUUUAUGUUGGCCUUUCAUUUCUUCAGGGUGGCGGCACUGGCACCAUGGGCCUUUUCAACAAUCUUCGCUCUUUCCUGUGGAUUAAAGUUCAGCAGUAUACAACGCGUGAAAUCGAAGUGGAUCUCUUCCAGCAUUUACAUCAACUCUCACUGCGUUGGCAUUUACAGCGCAAAACUGGCGAAGUCUUGCGCAUUAUGGAUCGUGGCACAGAUUCCAUUAAUAAUCUCUUGAAUUACAUCAUAUUCUCAAUAACGCCCACAAUUGUGGAUUUAAUUGUUGCUGUGGUUUAUUUUGUAUAUGCCUUCAACUGGUGGUUUGGCUUGAUUGUGUUCCUAACAAUGUUUUUGUAUAUAUUGGCCACGAUAUUGGUAACAGAAUGGCGCACGCAAUACCAAAGGCGUAUGAAUCUGGCCGAUAAUGAGCAAAGGGCUAGAAGUGUGGAUUCUCUAUUAAAUUUCGAAACAGUCAAAUACUAUGGUGCCGAGCAAUAUGAAGUGAAUGCUUAUCGCGAAGCCAUCAAAAAAUAUCAGAAAGAAGAAUUCUUGUCACUUUUGACCCUAAACAUUCUAAACACUUCACAAAAUAUUAUUCUAUGUCUUGGUCUGCUGACCGGUUCCAUGUUGUGUGUCUAUCUGGUGGUGCAUCAUCAAACUCUUACUGUGGGUGAUUUUGUGCUUUUCUUCACAUAUCUAAUGGAUUUGUAUAUGCCUUUGAAUUGGUUUGGCACCUAUUAUCGAGCAAUACAAAAGAAUUUUGUGGAUAUGGAAAAUAUGUUCGAUUUGCUCAAGGAGGAAGAAGAAGUAGUGGAUGCUCCCGGCAGCUCUCCUUUGCUGACGGCAGGUGGUGGCAUAGAAUUCUCAAAUGUCAGCUUUGGUUAUAGCCCAGAGAAGAUUGUAUUGAAAAAUAUUUCCUUUUCGGUGCCAUCCGGCAAAACUGUGGCCAUAGUGGGGCCUUCAGGUGCGGGAAAAAGUACCAUUGUACGAUUGCUUUUCCGUUUCUAUGAUGUGCAAAGUGGGGCCAUUACCAUUGAUGGCCAAAAUAUCAAACUGGUAACACAGCAGAGCUUGAGGCAAGCCAUAGGUGUAGUGCCCCAGGACACAGUGUUAUUUAACAACACCAUUUACUAUAAUAUCGAAUAUGGCAAAAUUGGUUCCUCGCCAGAUGAGGUGUAUGUAGCGGCGCGAAUGGCAGAUAUACACGAUCGCAUUUUAGGUUUCCCCGAUCGCUAUGAGACCAAAGUGGGUGAACGUGGUUUGCGUUUAAGUGGUGGCGAAAAGCAAAGGGUUGCCAUAGCCAGAACCCUGUUGAAGGCCCCAGUACUGGUGUUAUUGGAUGAGGCCACCUCGGCUCUAGACACCAACACCGAAAGGAACAUACAAGCCGCCCUGCAUAAGGUAUGCGCGAACAGGACCACAAUUAUAAUAGCCCAUAGGCUAUCCACAAUCAUACAUGCGGAUGAAAUCUUAGUGCUAAAGGAUGGCAGCAUUGCCGAACAGGGACGACAUGAGGACUUGUUAUUGCGUGAAGAUGGUCUGUAUGCCGAAAUGUGGCAGCAACAGCUCAAGAAUCUAGAUGCUCCCUCCACAUCCUCCGAAGUGUCGGGUCAGUCAUUGGAUAAACCCGCGUCUAGCGGUAGUGGUGGUGGCGCAGCAGGGACUACUGCCGGGGCUCCUGCCGGCAGUGCCUAUUUGAGGGCGGGCCAUGCUCAUGGUGGUGGUGGUGCCCACUAGUAAAUUCUAACUAAGACUUAGUUAAUUCCUACUACAUAUUAUUAUUUCUGUUUUAAACAUUCAAAGGUUUCCAAUCGUGCUUUUUCUCAGAAAGAAAAUUUUUGUUGGUCUCAAGCUCAUUACGAAAAAUUAAUUUUGUAUAUUUAAACUAUGUAUGUGUGUUGUUUUGAUUGUCCUUUGGUUCUUGCAGAUAACUUAUAAAGUAUAUACAACAAAUUAUUGGCGAACAACAACCCCACAAUAGCUAUCGAACACUUUUCUAUUAUUAAGAUUUAAGGAAAAAAAAACAACAAAUUGCCUAUAUGUAAUACAUGUUAAAAACCAUGAAAAACAUCUAGAAUUAGUUUUUGCAAAAAACAAAAAAAAUUAAAUAAAAAAACAAGAUUCAAGUGCAAAA